AUGGCCGAGUUUGAACUUGAUUACUCCUAUCUUUCAGAGGAAACGGGCCAAAAUUUUGAGAACGGCACAUAUUAUGCCUCAGGUGCUCCAUGGGUAGAGGACGACGAAGUCGAGCAUCUUGUACAGUUUGACGCUGAGCCCACUGGCGAUUCAGAUGACACCUCAGAGAGUGAAGAAGAGCAACAGUCCGAAAGCAGUGACAACAAUGAGGAAGAUGAUGGUGAAGACGGCGAGCAAGAUGAUGACGAAGAUGAUGAGGAAGACAACGACGACGACUAUGAGGAUGUGAACGAAAGUGAGGAAGAGGCAGAGGAUGAGGAUGCAGAAAAGGCUUCCGGCAAUGACAGGUCUGCGGAAAAUGCUGCCACUACCAACAUUAACAUCAACUACAUCAACUACGAGUCUACCAAUCACAACAACUACGUACACGAUGAGUCGUACUACGAUGACUCAACCAACCAAUCAGCCGCAUACUAUGAUCUCUCUGAGACGAAUCUGAGCUAUGCUCCUGUAUCAGCCAAUCUCGACUACGCACCUUCAACAUCGUACUUGGCUUACACUCCUUCGUUCCAGGGCAUCGACAGGGCUCCUGCAUCACGUGCAAACUACUCUCUCCCUUCGUCGACGCCGAAUCAUACUGGACGUACAGACAAUGCAGGAAACGCCAAUCCUGCGGUAAAUGCCCCCCGCUCCAUUGGGACAGCGCCGACUCAGCAGAAGUCUUCGUUCUUUGGUCUGAGGAAGCCGAAGCCCAACCCUGUGGCACCCAAGACCAACACCGCCUAUCCGCCAGCGAACAGUUACCAUGCGCUUCCAACUUACCAAGCCUUCAACCCAGCUACUAAGGCAGCCGGACCGAUCAAGCCGAAGGUGAACAAGCAAGCUGCAAAAGGUCAAGCUCUACCUCCUGCUCCGGGGCAGAUGCAAAUUGGACCUCUGGCUUACAAGAACUUGCUUGAGAACAUUUUCCGAGUCCCAGUCAAGUUUGACAAAAAGGGUAUCGCUGUGUAUACGAUUGGAGUAUCUAACACGCUUAAAGGGGCGGCCAAAAUGAAGAAGAAGGGAAUGAUGUUGUACAGAUCGUUCGGUCAGGUAAAGGUUUGGUCGAAAUCGGGAAAGAUGUAG